AUGGAGAAGCGAUUGAUUCCACUGUUCAAUCGUGUUUUGGUUGAGAAAAUCGUUCCUCCAUCAAAAAUCAACGCUGAUAUUUUGUUACGUGAGAAAUCCUCCAAGCUUAAUUCUGGAAAAGUUGUUGAUGUUGGCCCUGGCAUUCAUGGUAAGGAUGGGAAGCUUCUUCAUGUUGCUGUAAAAGAAGGUGACACUGUUCUUUUUCCUGAAUACGGAGGAACUGAGGUGAAGCUUGAUCACAAAGAGUAUUAUCUGUAUAGAGAUGACAAUAUAUUGGGAAAACUGCAUGAUUGA